UAGGGAGAAAACGUUUGUGCAGAGGGAGCUUGCUUCGUAGUUUUCGCGAUUUCCAAAUGAAUUUAAUUGGUGAUGUCAUCUGGUUCGAGAGGGCUGUGUGUGUUGGUGCUUCAGAGUCACCAUCCAGUCAACGUGUUGUAACCACCAGCAACAGAGGCAGUGGAGCUCCCAAAUAAAAAGGCGCUUUUAGUUUUUGGUUCAUGGCAUGGGAUAUUUUCAACAAUGCUGCAGUGACGGAGAUCUGAGGAGCUCGAGAACUAGUUGGACGUUUCUAGAGGAAUGUUGAAGCCAUUGUGUCCACAAUAGAUUUUCCUUUGAAAAAUAGUGUGUGGGUUUAUAUGGAUUAUGCAUGCUGAAAGUGUAUGUGUAAGACAUAUACAUGACUGCAUGAGCACAACCCGUAGCUUCACUAGGCUGUAGCAAGCCUUUUUUUUCUGCAGUUUUAUCCAUACCGCUGACUGUGAAGCUACCUUUGCUAUUCGUAGUACGUGGUUGCAGGGCGUAAAGAGAACGGACAAUCGCACCGGACCGUUCCGGGGUUCAGAUGAGGUGUUUGACUAGAUUCUUAGAUUUGUAGAAUUCUAUCGAACUUUCUAUCUAUUAUUUUCUACAGAAGUAAUGCCAUCGGGCAUUGCAAAUGUGCUAGCGAUGAGGUUGUUCUUCGUGGGAUUUCUACUCAGUUUGGAGAUCCUGUCUCCUACAGGAGCUAUUGAUGCUCCGAAGACAUGCAGUCCUAAGCAGUUUGUGUGUAAGGACCAGGUGACAUGCAUCUCUAAAGGAUGGCGCUGCGAUGGAGAGAAGGACUGUCCGGAUGGAUCAGACGAAGCGCCUGAUAUCUGUCCACACAGAGUGUCCCGGUGUCCGGCCAAUGAGUUUGAGUGUCUGGGGACAGAUGUGUGUAUCCACAUGAGCAGGCUGUGUGAUGGGAGCCCUGACUGCACUGACGGCUGGGACGAGGGGCCACACUGUCGAGAGCUUGGACCAGACUGUGCCACCCAUGGCUGCACGGGAAACUGCUCUGUGACGCACCAAGGGCCCAAGUGUUACUGCAACGUCGGCUAUGAAGUCAGCCAGGAUGGAAAGACAUGCAAAGAUUUCAACGAGUGCAGUGUGUACAGGACCUGCAGUCAGACAUGUUCCAACAACGAGGGCUCCUACACCUGCAGCUGUGUGGAGGGCUACCUACUGCAGCCAGACAACCGCUCCUGCAAGGCCAAGAAUGAUCCUGUGGAGCAGCUACCAGUGCUGCUGAUCACUAACCUGAAUGACAUCCGCUGUACGUCGCUGAGCGGCAUGCCGACCCGCCUCCCAGCCAUAAGCACCAACCAGACCACUGCCAUGGAUUUCAACUACGCCCAGGAGACGGUUUGCUGGAUCGACGUGGGCGACUCGCCCGCCAACACCCAUCUGAAGUGUGCCUCCAUCCCAGAGCUGAAGACGGUCACUGACAUCAGGAUCAUUAACAUCUCCCUCAGCCUGCACCAUGUGGGACAGAUGGCUAUUGACUGGCUGACCGGGAACUUCUACUUUGAGGACAACAUGGAUGAUCGUAUCUUUGUGUGCAAUGCGGACGGCCAGACGUGUGUCACCCUGCUGGAUCAGGAGCUCUACAACCCUAAAGGCAUCGCCCUGGACCCCCUGAUGGGCAAGGUGUUCUUCACAGACUACGGUCAGACUCCCAAGGUGGAGCGUUGUGACAUGGACGGUCAGAACCGGACCAAGCUGGUGGAAAGUAAGAUCGUGUUCCCCCACGGUAUCACACUGGACCUGGUCAACCGGCUGGUCUACUGGGCCGAUGCCUACCUGGACUAUAUAGAGGUGGUGGACUACGAGGGCCAGAACAGACACACCAUCAUACAGGGCCUGCUGAUUGAGCAUCUGUACGGGCUGACCGUGUUUGAGAACUACCUGUACGCCACCAACUCCGACGAGGGCAACCUGAACCACGCUAAGACCAGUGUGAUCCGGGUCAACCGCUUCAACUCCUCUGACUUCACGGUGGUGACCCGAGUGGACCGCGGCGCCGCCCUGCACGUGUACCAUCAGAGACGUCAACCCCCAGUGAGAGAGAAGAGUCAUGCGUGUGCCCCGGACCAGUUUAAGAAGCCAGGAGGCUGCUCCGACAUCUGUCUGCUGGGGAACAGCCACAAGACCCGUACCUGCCGUUGUCGCUCUGGAUUCAGCCUGGGCAGCGACGGGAAGUCCUGCAAGAAACCUGAACACGAGUUGUUCCUUGUGUACGGUAAGGGUCGCCCUGGCAUCAUCCGUGGCAUGGACAUGAAUGCCAAGGUCCCCGACGAGUUCAUGAUCCCCAUUGAGAACCUGAUGAACCCGCGGGCGCUGGACUUCCACGCCGAGAGCGAGUUCAUCUACUUUGCUGACGCCGUGAGUUACAUCAUCGGGCGGCAGAAGAUUGACGGCACGGAGAGAGACACCAUCCUGAAGGACGGCGUCCACACUGUGGAGGGGAUAGCGGUGGACUGGAUGGCAGGUAACCUGUACUGGACAGACGACGGGCCUGUGAAGACCAUCAGUGUGGCCAGGCUGGAGAAGGCCUCUCAGACACGCAAGACCCUCAUCGAGGGCAAGAUGACCCACCCCCGCGCCAUAGUAGUGGACCCCCAGCACGGGUGGAUGUACUGGACAGACUGGGAGGAGGACCCCAAGAAGAGUAACCGAGGGAAGAUCAAGAAGGCGUGGAUGGACGGCUCUCACGACCAGGUCCUGCUGACCAGUAAGACCGUGCUGUGGCCCAACGGCCUGAGUCUGGACAUCCCACAGGGCAUCCUGUACUGGGUGGACGCAUACUACGACCGCAUCGAGAUGGUUUACCUCAACACCACCGAGCGCAAGAUGGUGUACGAGGGAAACGAGUUAAACCACGCCUUCGGCCUGUGUCACUACAAGCAGUACCUGUUCUGGAACGAGUACCGUGGCGGCAGCAUCUUCAAACUAGAUACCUCCACCAGCACCGUCACGCUGCUCCGCAACGAACGCCCACCCCUCUUCGAGAUCCGGGUGUACGACGCUCACCAGCAGCAAGGGACCAACCUGUGUCGCAUGAAAAACGGUGGCUGCAGCAGUCUGUGUCUAGCUAUCCCCGACGGCAGGUCCUGUGGCUGUGCUGACGACCAGAUACUGGGUGACGACAAUGUCACCUGUAAAGCCAACCCCACCUACGUCCCUCCUCCUCAGUGUCAGCUCGGGGAGUUUGCCUGUAAGAACAACCGCUGUAUCCAGAAGCGAUGGAAGUGUGACGGGGACAACGACUGUCUGGACAACAGCGAUGAGGCGCCCGAGCUCUGCCACCAGCACACGUGUCCAUCGGACCGGUUUAAGUGUCAGAACAACCGCUGUAUCCCGCUGCGCUGGCUCUGUGACGGGGACAACGACUGUGGCACCGAUGAGGAUGAGUCCAAUAGUACCUGCUCAGCUCGUACGUGCCCGCCCAACCAGUAUGCGUGCGCCAGUGGGCGCUGCAUCCCCACUUCCUGGACAUGUGACCUGGAUGAUGACUGUGGGGACCGUUCCGAUGAGCCGGCCUCCUGUGCCUACCCCACCUGCUUCCCCCUCACCCAGUUCACCUGUGCCAACGGCCGCUGCAUCAACGUCAACUGGCGCUGUGACAACGACAACGACUGCGGGGACAACAGCGACGAGGCAGGCUGCAGCCACUCCUGCUCCAGUGUUCAGUUCAAGUGUAACAGCGGCCGCUGCAUCCCUGAGUACUGGACCUGUGACGGGGACAACGACUGUGGAGACUACAGCGACGAGACCCACGCCAACUGUACCAACCAGGCCACCCGUCCUCCCGGUGGCUGCCACGUGGAUGAGUUCCAGUGUCGCAUGGACGGCCUGUGCAUCCCCAUGCGCUGGCGCUGCGACGGGGACGCCGACUGCAUGGACCUGAGUGAUGAGAGCGACUGCGAGGGAGUGACGCACAUGUGUGACCCAGCUGUCAAGUUCAGCUGCAGGAACUCCGCUCGUUGUAUCAGCAAGGCCUGGGUGUGUGACGGGGACAGUGACUGUGAGGACAACUCGGACGAGGACAACUGCGAGGCGUUGGUGUGUAAGCUGUCCCACCACGUCUGUGUCACCAACGACUCGAUCUGUCUGCCCGCUGAGAAGCUGUGUGACGGCACUGACGACUGCCCCGACGGCUCUGACGAGAAACUCUGUGACCUGUGCUCCAUAGACAACGGCGGCUGCAGCCACAACUGCUCCAUCAUCCCUGGGGAGGGCUUCAUGUGUUCCUGCCCCCUGGGCAUGGAGCUGGGCGCCGACAACAAGACCUGCCACAUCAUGAACCUCUGCGCCAAGCACCUCAAGUGCAGCCAGAAGUGUGAGCAAGAGAAGAGCAGCGUCAAGUGUUCCUGCUACGAGGGCUGGGAGCUGGAGACCGAUAUGGAGAGCUGCAAGAGCACUGACUCCUUCAAGCCUUUCAUCAUCUUCUCCAACCGCCAUGAGAUCCGUCGUAUUGACCUCCAUAAGGGAGAGUUCAGCGUGCUGGUGCCUAACCUGAGGAACACCAUCGCUCUGGACUUCCACCUCAGCCAGAACACCCUCUACUGGACCGACGUGGUGGAGGACAAGAUCUACCGCGGGAAACUGUCCGAGAACGGAGCUCUGACCACUUUCGAAGUAGUGAUCCAGUAUGGCCUGGCCACUCCAGAGGGUCUGGCCGUGGACUGGAUAGCGGGGAACAUCUACUGGGUGGAGAGUAACCUGGACCAGAUCGAGGUGGCCAAGCUGGACGGAACCAUGAGGACCACGCUACUGGCUGGAGAGGUGGAGCACCCCCGGGCCAUCGCCCUGGACCCCCGAGACGGUAUUCUGUUCUGGACGGACUGGGAUGCCAGUCUGCCCAGGAUAGAGGCAGCGUCUAUGAGCGGUGAGGGCAGGAGGACUAUCCACAGAGAGACUGGCAGCGGUGGCUGGCCCAACGGACUGACUGUAGACUACAUGGAGAGACGCAUUGUAUGGAUCGACGCCAGGUCUGAUGCCAUCUACUCUGCUCUGUAUGACGGCUCUGGUCUGAUCGAGGUGCUGAGGGGUCACGAGUACCUGUCCCACCCCUUUGCUGUCACCAUGUACGGGGGAGAGGUGUACUGGACGGACUGGAGGACCAACACUCUGGCCAAGGCCAACAAGUGGAACGGCAACAACGUAACCGUGGUCCAACGCACCAACACACAACCCUUCGACCUGCAGGUGUACCAUCCCUCCAGACAGCCCCAAGCUCCUAACCCUUGUGCCACCUCUGAAGAGCAGAGCCAGUGUUCUCACCUGUGUCUGAUCAGCUACAACCAGACAUUCUCCUGUGCCUGUCCUCACCUUAUGAAGCUGCAGGCUGACAAACGCACCUGCAAAGAGUCUCGCCAGUUCCUGCUGUAUGCCCGUCAGAUAGAGAUCAGGGGAGUGGACAUAGACAACCCCUACUAUAACUACAUCAUCUCCUUCACCGUGCCAGACAUAGACAACGUGACCGUGGUGGACUAUGAUGCCGUGGAGCACCGGAUCUACUGGUCAGACGUCCGAACCCAGACCAUCAAGAGAGCCUUCAUCAACGGCACCGGAGUGGAGACCGUGGUGUCUGCUGACCUGCCCAACGCCCAUGGUCUGGCAGUAGACUGGGUAUCUAGGAACCUGUUCUGGACCAGCUAUGAUGCCAAUAAGAAGCAGAUCAACGUGGCCAGACUGGACGGAUCCUUUAAGAACGCUAUUAUCCAGGGCCUUGACAAACCCCACUGUCUGGUCCUGCACCCUAUACUGGGAAAGAUGUACUGGACUGAUGGGGACAACAUCAGUAUGGCCAACAUGGAUGGCAGCAACCGUACCAUGCUCUUCACCAAUCAAAAGGGCCCUGUGGGCCUGUCUAUAGACUACGACAGUGAGCAGCUGUACUGGGUCAGCUCGGGGAACGGCACCAUCAGCCGCUGUCAGAUGGACGGCUCAGGCCUGGAGGUCCUGGACGGGGUCAAACCAGGCAGACUGACCAAGGCGUCCGCUCUGGCCAUCAUGGGUGACAAGCUGUGGUGGGCAGACCAGGGGACAGACCAGAUAGGGACGUGUGAUAAAAGUGAUGGCGGGAACUGGAAGGUGCUACGUAACAACACCUCUCCUAUGAUGCACAUGAGAAUAUACAACGAAAGCCUGCAGACAGGUACAGGCAUCAACCUGUGCAGUAAUAACAAUGGAGACUGUUCCCAGCUGUGCCUGCCCACCUCCUCUACUACCAGAGUCUGUAUGUGUACUGCAGGCUACAGCCUUAAGAGUGGACAGCAGUCCUGCGAGGGUAUGGGUUCCUUCCUGCUCUACUCAGUACAUGAGGGCAUUAGAGGAAUCCCCCUGGACCCGUCUGAUAAAUCUGAUGCCCUGGUGCCCGUGUCUGGCACCUCGCUUGCUGUGGGCAUCGACUUCCACGCCGAAAAUGACACUAUCUACUGGGUGGACAUGGGACUGAGCACCAUCAGCCGAGCUAAGAGAGACCAGACCUGGAGAGAAGACGUGGUGACCAACGGCAUCGGCAGGGUGGAGGGCAUCACUGUGGACUGGAUAGCAGGUAACAUCUACUGGACAGACCAGGGCUUUGACGUCAUCGAGGUAGCCAGACUCAAUGGAUCCUUCUGCUAUGUGGUCAUCUCCCAGGGCUUGGACAAGCCCCGCGCCAUCACCGUGCACCCAGAGAAAGGGUAUCUGUUCUGGACAGAGUGGGGUCAGGUCCCUCGUAUAGAGAGGGCCCGUCUGGAUGGCUCUCAGAGAUCAGUCCUGGUCAACUCCAGCAUCAUGUGGCCCAACGGAAUCUCCAUCGACUACAGGGAGGGGCUGUUGUACUGGUGUGACGCGCGGACAGACCGGAUCGAGCGCAUCAACCUGGAGACGGGAGAGAACAGAGAGGUGGUGCUGGUCAACAACAACAUGGACAUGUUCGCUGUGUCCGUCUUCGAGGGCUACAUCUACUGGAGUGACAGGACUCACGCCAACGGUUCCAUCAAGAGAGGCAACAAAGACAACGCUACAGAAUAUGUGUAUCUGAGGACCGGCAUCGGUGUACAACUGAAGGACAUCAAGGUCUUCAACAGGGACCGGCAACAAGGCACCAACGUCUGUAAGGACAACAACGGCGGCUGCGAACAGCUCUGCCUUUACCGCGGCAACGGGGAGCGAACGUGCGCCUGCGCACACGGCAUGCUGGCCGAGGACAGCCGCGGUUGCCGCGACUACGACAGCUACCUGCUCUACUCGGAGCGGACCAUUCUGAAGAGCAUCCACCUAUCAGACGAGACCAACCUGAACGCCCCCAUCAAGCCCUUCGAGGACCCGGAACACAUGAAGAACGUCAUCGCUCUGACCUUUGACUACCGCGGAGGAGGGGGGAGGGGAGCCAAUCGGAUCUUCUUCAGUGACAUACACUUUGGAAACAUCCAGCAGACCAACGAUGACGGAUCAGACCUCAAGACGGUGGUGGAGAAUGUAGGCUCAGUGGAGGGUUUGGCGUACCACCGUGGCUGGGACACCCUCUAUUGGACCAGCUACACCACCUCCACCAUCACCCGACACACGGUCGACCAGAGCCGACCGCAGGCCUACGACCGCAACACCGUGGUCACCAUGUCUGGAGACGACCACCCCAGGGCCUUUGUACUGGACGAGUGUCAAGAUCUGAUGUUCUGGACCAACUGGAACGAGCAGUCUCCCAGUAUCAUGCGAGCCAGUCUAUCUGGUGCCAACGUGCUGGUGAUCAUCGGUAAUGACAUCCGCACCCCCAACGGCCUGGCCAUAGACCACCGCGCACAGAAACUCUACUUCUCAGACGCCACGCUGGACAAGAUCGAGCGCUGCGAGUACGACGGCAGCAACCGAUACGUGGUGGUGAAGAAUGAGCCGGUGCAUCCGUUUGGCCUGGCGGUGUAUGGAGACUACAUCUUCUGGACUGACUGGGUCCGCAGGGCCGUGCUCAGGGCCGACAAGUUUGUGGGUAGAGACAUGAGGUUGCUGAGAAAUGACAUCCCCCAGCAGCCAAUGGGAAUCAUCGCUGUGGCCAACGACACCAACAGCUGCGAGUUCUCUCCCUGUCUGAACAACAACGGGGGCUGUCAGGACCUGUGUCUGCUCACCUCAGACGCGAGGGUCAACUGUAGUUGCCGUGGAGACCGCAGACUCCUGGAGGACAACUCCUGCUCCGCUCUGAACACGUCGUGUGGCAGUGUGGACGACUUUGAGUGUGGCAACGGGGACUGCAUCAACUACAGCCUGACCUGUGACGGCAUGGCCCACUGCAAGGACAAGUCAGACGAGAAACAGUCGUACUGCGCGAACCGGCUGUGUAAGAAAGGCUACAGGCGCUGUAUCAAUGGCCGCUGCAUCGGCCACAUAUUCUGGUGUGACGGGACUGACGACUGCGGAGAUCACUCCGACGAGCUGCCCUGCAACAUGACCCUGUGCAAAGCCGGAGAGUUCCAGUGUCGAGACGGAAGCUGCAUCUCCAACACCAGCCGCUGUGACCAGGUGGUCAACUGUGAAGACGCCAGUGACGAGAUGAACUGCUUGCCAACUGACUGUUCCCGCUACUUCCGUCUGGGGGUGAAGGGGGCGACCUUUCAGAGCUGUGAGAGGACCACGCUGUGCUACUUGCCUUCCUGGCAGUGCGACGGGAACAACGACUGUGGAGACUUCUCGGACGAGAGGAACUGCCCGGACAAGAAGAAGCUGAAGUGCCCGGUGAACUUCUUUGCGUGCCCCAGUGGUCGCUGUAUCCCUAUGAGCUGGACCUGUGACAAGGAGAAUGACUGCGAGAACGGUGCUGACGAGACCCACUGUGAUAAGUUCUGUACGUCCACCGAGUUUGAGUGUGGGAACCAUCGCUGCAUCUCCAACCACUGGGUGUGUGACGGCGCUGAUGACUGUGGCGACAAUAGUGACGAGGACAGCAGAUGCAAAACCAAGACGUGCAGCCCAGAGGCGUUCCAGUGUCCCGGCACUCAUGUGUGUGUCCCUCAACGCUGGAAGUGUGACGGGGACAAGGACUGUCUGGACGGGGCAGACGAGAGUGUCAAGGCUGGCUGCUUGUACAACAACACCUGUGAUGAGAAUGAGUUCAUGUGUCAGGACAGACAGUGCGUCCCCAAGCACUUUGUGUGUGACCAUGACAUCGACUGCUCUGACGGAUCCGACGAGUCCCCACAGUGUGAGUAUCCUACGUGUGGGCCGGAGGAGUUCCGCUGUAACAACGGCCGCUGCCUCAACCAGAAGAGCUGGGAGUGUGAUGGAGAUUUUGACUGUCAGGACCGCUCUGAUGAAGCUCCCAAGAACCCCCGGUGCACAGACUCAGAGAGGAAGUGUAAUGACUCUGCCUACAUGUGUCGUAACGGGAAGUGUCUUAACGAGACGUUGCUGUGUGACCGUAACGACGACUGUGGUGACGGCUCUGACGAACUCAACUGCUUCAUCAACGAGUGUCUCAACAGCAAGCAGAGUGGCUGCUCCCAGCUCUGUGAGGACCUCAAGAUAGGCUUCAAGUGCAGGUGUCACCCUGGGUUCCAGCUGAAGCGGGAUGGGAAGACGUGUGUGGACAUAGAUGAGUGUACCACGUCCUACCCCUGUACCCAGCGCUGUAUCAACACACACGGAUCCUUCCACUGUCUCUGUGUGGAGGGCUUCCAGCUACGACCGGACAAUCCUACUAUCUGCAAGUCCACCUCCGAUGAGGAGCCCUUCCUGAUCUUUGCCAACCGGUACUACCUGAGGAAACUGGACCUGAAUGGCACCAACUACACUCUGAUUAAACAGGGCCUGAACAACGCGGUGGCUCUGGACUUCCACUAUGCAGAGCAGAUGCUAUACUGGACCGACGUGACCACUCAGGGCUCCAUGAUACGACGCAUGAACAUCAACGGCAGCAACAUCGAGGUGCUGCACCGUACCUCCCUCAGUAACCCAGACGGAUUGGCUGUAGACUGGGUCGGAGGAAACCUGUACUGGUGUGAUAAGGGGCGGGACACCAUCGAGGUGUCCAAGCUAGGAGGAGCCUUCCGGUCGGUCCUGGUGAACACCGGCCUGAGGGAACCACGCGCUGUGGCUUUGGAUGUACGCAACGGGUACCUGUACUGGUCAGACUGGGGCGACAACCCCCACAUAGGGCGGAUUGGGAUGGACAGCUCCAACCGAAGUGUGAUCGUAGAGGACAAGAUCACCUGGCCCAAUGGUCUUACGUUAGACUUCAUCAACGACCGCAUCUACUGGGCCGAUGCCAGAGAGGACUACAUUGAGUUUGCCAGCCUGGAUGGGACCAACAGACACACGGUGCUUACCCAGGACAUCCCCCACAUCUUCGCCAUGACCCUGUUUGAGGAGUACAUCUACUGGACCGACUGGGAGACCAAGUCCAUCAACAGGUGUCACAAGACCCUGGGUAUCAACAAGACCACCCUGAUCACUACCCUCCACCGGCCCAUGGACAUCCACAUCUACCACCCUUACCGCCAGCCUGAGGUGUUUAACCACCCGUGCCAGACAGACAACGGCGGCUGUAGUAACCUGUGUCUGCUGAGCCCUGGCGGGGGCUACAAGUGUGCCUGUCCCACCAACUUCUACCUGGCCAACGAUGGACGCACCUGCAUGUCCAACUGCACUGCCAGCCAGUUUGUGUGUAAGAACGACAAGUGCAUCCCCUUCUGGUGGAAGUGUGACACGGAGGACGACUGUGGGGAUCGCUCGGACGAGCCUGCAGAAUGCCCUGAGUUCAAGUGCAGGCCAGGCCAGUUCCAGUGUGGGACAGGCAUCUGCACCAACCCAGCCUACAUCUGUGACGGGGACAAUGACUGCCAGGACAAUUCGGACGAGGCCAACUGCGAUAUCCACGUGUGUCUGCCCAGUCAGUUCAAGUGCUCCCACCCCAGCCGCUGUAUCCCGGGAAUCUUCCGCUGUAACGGACAGGACAACUGUGGCGAAGGCGAGGACGAGAAGGACUGCCCCGAGGUCACGUGUGCGCCCACCCAGUUCCAGUGUGCCAUCACCAAGCGCUGUAUCCCUCGCGUCUGGGUGUGUGACCGUGACAAUGACUGUGUGGACGGAUCGGACGAACCAGCCAACUGCACCCAGAUGACAUGUGGCGUGGAUGAGUUUCGCUGUAAGGACUCUGGACGCUGCAUCCCGGCCCGGUGGAAGUGUGACGGAGAAAAUGACUGUGGAGACUCAUCUGACGAACCCAAAGAGGAAUGUGAUGAGAGGACGUGUGAGCCGUACCAGUUCAGGUGUAAGAACAACCGCUGUGUCCCGGGCCGCUGGCAGUGUGACUACGACAAUGACUGCGGGGACAACUCGGACGAGGACAAGUGCGUGCCGCGGCCGUGCUCCGAGAGUGAGUUUGCCUGUACCAACGGACGAUGUAUCGCCGGGAGGUGGAAGUGUGAUGGAGACCAUGACUGUGCUGACGGAUCUGAUGAGGACGGCUGUGAGCUGAGGUGUGACAGUGACCAGUUCCAGUGUAAGAACGGCCACUGCAUCCCCAACCGCUGGCGCUGUGACGCAGACGCUGACUGUUUGGACGGCAGCGAUGAGGAGAAGUGUCACAUUGCUCCUAAACACUGCCCCCUGGAUGACUUCCAGUGUAACAACACGCUGUGUAAGCCUCUGGCCUGGAAGUGUGACGGCGAGGACGACUGUGGAGACAACUCGGACGAGAAUCCUGACGAGUGCAGGAGGUUCCAGUGCCCCCCCACCAGGACUUUCCGCUGCCAGAACGACCGUGUGUGUCUGCAGGUCUCCAAACAGUGCGAUGGCGUUGACAACUGUGGGGACAACUCUGAUGAGCUCAACUGCCAGCCCCCUCCAGCCGAGCCCAGCUGUGAGAAGGACGAGUUCCUGUGUGCCAACGGGAGGUGCAUCAGCUCCAGCCUGCGUUGUAACUUCUUCAACGACUGUGAGGACUACGGUUCAGACGAGAUCCACUGCAAGACAGACACCAAGCUGAACGACUGCAGGAGUAACAGGACUCUGUGUGGGGACGGGGACGAGGCACACUGUGUCACCAACGGGACAGACUCCUUCUGCUCCUGCAAACCAGGCUUCAGGAAGACUGGCCACAACACCUGUGGAGAUAAGAACGAGUGUAAGCAGUUUGGGGUGUGCUCCCACAUGUGCAACAACACCAAGGGAUCCUACAAGUGCAGCUGCCACAAAUACUUCUCCAGGAUCAACGACACCUGCAAGGCUGACAACCUGAACAGUAGCAGACAGGUGCUCUACAUCGCCGAUGACAACGAGAUCCGCAGCCUGGACCCUGCCAUGCCCAACUGGCGUUACGAGCAGACCUUCCAGGGCGAUGCCAACGUGCGCAUCGACGCCAUGGACCUGCACGUCAAGACCAACCGCAUCUACUGGACCAACUGGCACACGGGCAGGAUCUCCUCCUACGAGCUUCCUUCAUCGUCCUCCUCCUCGUCUGGUCCAUCGUCCAAUACAAACCGCAACCGUCGCCAGAGUGAGGGAAGUGUUACCACCCUGGAGAUUGUAGGGCAUCUGGAAAUGCCUCGAGGUAUAGCAGUGGACUGGGUGGCUGGUAAUCUGUACUGGACUGACUCUGGCAGGGAUGUGAUCGAGGUGGCCCAGAUAUCAGGCCAACACCGCAAGACCCUGAUCUCAGGCAUGAUAGACGAGCCUUACGCCAUCGUAGUGGACCCGCAGAGAGGAACCAUGUAUUGGGCCGACUGGGGAAACCACCCUAAGAUUGAGACGGCAGCCAUGGACGGAACCUUGAGACAGACCCUGGUCCAUGAGAACAUCCAGUGGCCCACAGGUCUGGCGGUGGACUACUUCAACGAGCGUCUCUACUGGGCGGACGCUAAGCUCUCGGUCAUCGGCAGCGUGCAUCUCAACGGCUCCGACCCCGUCAUUGCCGUCACCGGACUCAAAAACAACCUGCUCCAUCCGUUCAGCAUUGACAUCUUUGAGGACUACAUAUAUGGCGUCACCUACAUUAAUAACUUUGUGUUCCGGGUCAACAAGUUUGGCAAGGGCCCCAUGGAGAACCUGACCACUGGCAUUAACCACGCCACAGACAUAGUCCUUUAUCACCGUUACAAACAACCAGAGAUGAACAACCCAUGUGACAGGAAGAAGUGUGAGUGGUUGUGUCUGCUCAGCCCCAGUGGUCCAGUCUGCACCUGUCCUAACGACCGCGUGGCUGUAAAUGGCACAUGUGUGGAGAGACCCCCUCCCACACUGUCUCCGUUCUCUCCCCCGUCCGGGCCGUGUACGGUCCUGUGUCUUAACGGUGGGAACUGCUUCCUGAACGCCAGGCAGCAGGCCAAGUGUCAGUGCCAGUCCAGCUUCACGGGAGAGAGGUGUGAGGUCAACCAGUGUAGAGACUACUGCAGGAAUGGAGGGUCCUGUACUGCCUCAGUCGCAGGGGCCCCUACAUGUCGCUGUCUGAAGGGCUUCACGGGGCCCCAGUGUAACCUGCACACCUGUCAGGACUACUGUCACAAUGGAGGCAACUGCACCGUAUCCCAGGGCAACCAGCCCAUCUGCCACUGUCUGCUUGAGUACCUGGGAGACCAGUGUCAAUACAGUAAAUGUGAGGAUUACUGUAAGAAUGAGGGGAUGUGUCUGCAGACGGCCAAUGCCACCAAGCUGUGUCGCUGUCCCCCUCAGUUCCACGGACAGCUAUGUGAGCUGGACAAGUGCCAGUACUGCGGACCCAACGGCAAGUGUCUGCCCAAAACCUCAGGAGAGGUCAUGUGCCGCUGUCCUAACGGUCAAACCAAUCACAGCUGCUACACCUGUCUAGAUUUCUGCACCAAUGGACUCUGCUCUAUCGAACCACGCACACUACUGCCCCAGUGCAAGUGUCCUAUAGAAUGGAGUGGGUAUCGAUGUGAAGUCAUUGCCUCGCCGGUGGAUUCUCCUGUCUCCAGUGGAAGUUCUGCCUCCAUAGUCAUCCCAGUGCUGCUGCUGUUGUUACUGGUGCUGCUGGUCGUCGGCGCCAUCUUGUGGUACAAGAGGAGAAUGCGUGGUGCCAAGGGCUUCCAGCACCACAGGAUGACCAACGGGGCCAUGAACGUGGAAAUAGGAAACCCAGCCUAUAAGAUCUACGAAGGGGAGCCGGACGAUGAUGCAGGGGAACUCCUGGAUUCGGACUUCGCUUUAGAUCCAGACAAGCCCACCAACUUCACCAACCCGGUGUACGCCACCCUGUACAUGGGAGCCCACAACAGCCGCAACUCUUUAGCUAGUACAGACGAGAAGAAAGAGUUGCUGUCACAGGUGGACGAUGGGGAGGACGAGGACGUGAGUGACCCGCUGGCCUAGGGGUCAGAGGUCAGGCAUGACCGAGCCAAGUUUAGACCACGCCCGCAAAGAGACAAACGCUGAUCUUAUGCCUUUUUACCAAUCGAGAAAAGAAAAGCAACAGAAACAGAAAAGAAAGCGAGAACACUGUAUAAAAUGAAGGAGUACUUUUGUAUGUGAUUGCAGUAUUAUAUUUUGUUCUUUUGACAAAAAAGAGAAAAAAAAAGAACAUUCCUCUGUUCAGAAAAAGGAAGAACCAUUUUGUAGACAGAUUUAUUCAUUCAACUCUCUCGUUUUAAAAUGUUGCUCACCUCCAUCCUCCCUCGCUACUCUCCCUCCCCCCUUCAUCCAUAUAGCCACUACCUCUGUGCAAAGGUGUAGAGCAAAACAAACAGCAGUGGAACAAUUUUCAGUUUUUAUUUUUGUAUGAAUUGUAUAGGGGGAAAAAAACAUUGUUCCAUUUCAGAGAAGUGCUUGUUGUUUGUGAAAGAUGUGGAGAAAAGGGGGGGGGGUCCAAGUUCAAUACUCAGUCAGUUCCGAAUGCCAAUUGAUGCUGGUUUGGUCUAUGCUGGAGGUGCAGAGUCCACAUGGCAGUUAGUCAGCGUCACACAUACUAAUGUCCAUUCAGUUGAGUGAUUGUCUUUUACCUCCUUGCACAGACUAAAAGUGAAAUAUAUUUACACACGCAUAUAUAUAUAUAUAACCCUAUUAACAAAGUGUCUUGACAAUAUACCCAGGAAUACAAAACAUCAAAUAACAUAUAGCAGUCUGUCUGUACUAUGUUUUACCACCUUUUUCUGUUUUGAUCUUGAAGAAAUGAACGGAUGAUUUUUGGUUAAUGAGUGAAAGUCAAUGGUUAAUGGAGUGUGUAAUGUGUUGGAGGAAUAUGAUUGUAUUGAAGCAGACAUUCCAGGAUGACAAUUCCGAGGAAGUAACUGAGGAUGUCUUUGGGUUACGAGAGGACAUGUUUUGGGGGUAACACCGAAUGUGUUUUGGGGGGGCCCUUGAUGUGACCGGUGAUACAUAUUGGGGCCCCAGAGGGUUCAUGGACCAGCUCAGUGACUGUUUAUUCCAGUAUCAACUGUAACGUUCAUCCUGGAAAUAGGCAGUUUGGCACCAAGAAUGCCUCUGUGAAUACCUGCCAUUGCUGAAACAAACCAUUGUAUAACAACAAGCUGAACAUGCUUUUGUCUUUGUCGGUGAUAGUAAACAUACUUUCAGGAGAGACCUGUUGUUUUUAUGGUACUUCAGUGGGAAUUUAUAACAACAAUGCUGUGUUUUUUGUUUUGAAUGUAUGUAAUAAUUCCGGUUUCUGCUCAUUGUAAGUGCAUUCCUCGGGAGGUUCGGACUAUUAGCCUCCUGAUUAGCGUCCCCUGUUGAUUCCCCCUCUGCCUUGCUGCUAACGCUAGCUAGCCGUCUGUCGGCUCGUCUGUCUGUCGGCUCGUUCGUCUAACCAUCUGUCAGCCAGCCCUGUCUGUCUGCCUGCCUGUUUUGUCUGUCUGCCUGCCUGCCUGUCUGUCAUUGGUCCAGGCUCAGUCUCAGCCAAUCACGCGCUGCUGAACAUGCUGCUUGGAGGUGAUCAGCCAUAACUGCCAUACUAUAUUACAGAUUACACUGCAUGCAAAUCACAACACGCACACACACACGCAUAUACAAACCCUAUAGCAAACUGUUCUAGCUUAACCAUCACUUUUAUUAACAGUAUGCACUAUCAUUUGGAUUUUAAUAACAUUUCUGCUCUGUUACAUUUUUAUUUGAAUAAUGUAAAUUAGGAACAAUCGGUUUUAAUUUUGACAAACAUUUCAGCAAAACAACCCCACACAUGGAUUGUUGUUGCUCUGUUUCGGUUAGUUAUGAUUUUAUUUCUUUUUGAUAUCAGAAAUUAAAUGGAUUUUUAUAGUAGAAA